AUGUAUUUGUUUACGUGGAUUUGCUGGGGAAAGCUUAAUGGUUAUCGUUGUGAAUGUCCAAAAGGGUGGUUUGGUAAUUAUUGUGAAUUUAAUUUGUGUGAUUCUUUGUCUCAAAACAAUAAUUGUUCUAAAGAGGAUAAUGUUAAAUCAUCAUUUUUAAGUGUUAGUAGAAUGGAGAGGGCAAAUAAUGAUGGGAAAAGGCUUUCCAAACGAAACUUUUGUCCUUUCAAUUAUGCUGACCCUCCAAAAUGUAAUCGUAGAAGGGCUAUAGCGAUCAAGACAACCAACACAUUUUUAUCUGUUGGCCAGUGGCCUGUUAACAAUUUUAAUAAUUCUGUAUUAAAUGGAGAAAUAUCUUUUCAUUUUGCAACAAAUCAGAGUGAUGGAACAAUGUUUUGGUUAGGUGAUAAAGACGAUGAUUCAUUUAUACUUCUUGAAUUAGUGCGCGGGCGCUUAAGAGCAGCUGUUCAACUAGGAAAGGGGCACGAGCCUUAUUCACAAUUAUAUUCUAUGAAUAUUGGUAAAUUAAUUUUUUCCGGAAGUUUAAUAUUAAACCGGAAAACAAUUUUACAAAUUGUAAAAUAA